UGUCUACUGCACUCCAACAGUAGCUAUUUCGUAUGUACAAACGUGUACUAUCUGGUACUAUGCACCGCCGCGCAUGGUAUCUCACGAACCAUCGCAAGUCAAUCCUUUUCUUUAAGUAACCGAGAGUUAUAGUUAUGGACUUAAUGAUAACAGGAUGAAUUAGCAGGAUAACCUGCACUCAUAACACCUGACAAUGGAGUCAUCAUCAACACAUCAAUAUGUUUGACACCAUAAGUGAAAAGAAGCACCCAUGCACUCUUGAAAAUUACAAGUGUCGAUUGUCAUACGCCAGUUGAAUUUUUGUUUGAUUGCAUUUACAAACGUUUUUUUUACAAGGAUCUCAUUACACUUUUACGUGUUCUUCCUACCUUGAACUGUGUUCGUUUUCUUUUUUUUUAUAUUUACAAAAUAUUUGCUCAAGCUAUACUUUAUCUUUCUUUUUGUAAUCAAUUGUGUUCAAGUAUGUAUGCAUAAUUAAGACUGAUAUAUAUAUAUAUGUGUGUGUGUGUGUGUGUGUGUAUACAUAUAUAUAUAUGGCGCACUAGCAACAUAAGCAAUAAGCAAAACAGCUUGCCCAAGCAUGCGACUUGUUAAUAAUCUGGAGCAGCAAUCAACAAAACAUUAUCAAUAUAAAUAAUUAUGAUAUGCUGCAGUGAUAGAUAUUACAGUUGUCAGUAAUAUAAAACAAAAUAUACUAGGCUUUGCAAGAAUGUUGAUAUUGUAAAAAAUUGUGGCAGCAAGUUAUUGUGAUAUGCAUAGAAAUCUUAAAAACAAUCAAAUUUUGCUAUCGAGAUGUUUGGUACUCCCAGAGAUGCUGUGAGAGUCAAAGUUAAGAAGUGUGAAACAAAGCAAAAACCAGAGUAUAGAAAAUUUAGUGUGGACCCUCAAAUAACAUCGAUUGAGGUUCUUCAAAGUAUUUUAAUAAAGGCAUUUGAUAUUAAAGGAGAAUUUACAAUUUCGUAUAGAGCAAUAGAUGAUUAUGGGGCAGAGACAUAUUUAUUUCUUUUAUCUGACUGGGACCUUGAUGCUGCUUUUAUAAGUGCAUCUGAACCAUAUCUUUAUCUACAAGUAAAUGUGAAGCCUUUUGGGGAAACCAGUGAGUGUGAAGGUGAUUGGGAACAUAAUAUACAACAUGUGGCAUCUAGAACCGAACUGGGUUUUGCACACAAGGCCCCCAGAUUACCUGAUAUUAUUAUGAAUAGAAUGGAAAAAACUUUAAACUAUGUACAAAAGGCAUUAGGCAACUUUGGUGAAGAUACAAGUGCUAGUGCACAACCCCCUCUUCCUCCUUUAACAGAUGCUGAGUUUCGCAAGUUUUUAGAUCCUAUUGGGCAAAUUAUACAAUCCAAAGAAUUGAGAGCUGUAAUUUAUUUUGGUGGUAUUGAACCCAGCCUAAGGAAAGUUGUUUGGAAGCACAUCCUUAAUGUAUACCCCGAUGGAAUGUCAGGUAGGGAGAGAAUGGAUUAUAUGAAAUAUAAAGCUCAGGAAUAUACCAAUCUCAGAGAUGCUUGGAAAAAUUUAAUGCAGAGUGGACAGAAUGUUGGAGAUUUAGCAUAUGUCACAAGUAUGGUAAGAAAAGACGUUCUCAGAACCGACCGACAUCAUAAAUUCUACGGUGGUUCGGACGACAAUCAAAAUACGGCGAGUCUUUUUAAUAUUCUCACAACGUAUGCUUUAAAUCAUCCUUGUGUUAGUUAUUGCCAAGGAAUGAGUGAUCUUGCCUCACCGCUUUUAGUUACUAUGCGUGACGAAGCGCAAGCUUACAUUUGUCUUUGUGCACUUAUGAAAAGACUUCAGAAUAAUUUUAUGCUUGAUGGAAUAGCAAUGACUACCAAGUUUGCGCACUUAUCCGAAGGUCUUCAGUAUUACGAUCCAGAAUUCUAUGCAUAUCUCAAAUUGCAUCAAGCCGAUGAUCUAUUAUUUUGCUACCGAUGGUUACUUCUUGAAAUGAAACGCGAAUUCGCACUUGACGAAGCAAUGCGAAUGUUAGAAGUUUUAUGGGCUUCCUUACCGGCAUCGCCCCCACCCAAUGGAGAACUUCGACUGUUUGAAGUUAAAUUUCCACCUCCAUCACCACCUCCCAGCCCAAAUAUCAAGCAAAUCAGAGAAAAUGCUUACACCAAAGUUUGCGCGCUGCGACGACAAAGUUCAUCGGCAAGCAUACACAAUGCGAGAAGACGAACUGUUAGCACGAACGACGCUUUGCAGGAAAGUAGAACGAACGAAACUCUAGGUCCAAAACGAGCAACGCAACAACCACAAUCAGAACCGCAAAAUGAAAGUCUGGACGUAAGAAGAAACCGCAAAAAUACUCCAACCGAAAAGUGCCUCAGUGUAGACUCAGCGUCAAGUCAAAAAGUGAACAAACGAGUAACAUCAUUGCUGGACCUAACCGAGAAGCUGGGCUCUUCGAGUAAUCUCGACCAGCAGAUGAAGAAUCAGGCGACUAAAUGCGCGCGUGUCGUUAAAAAUCUCAACGAAUUUUUAAACUUCAACAAAAGUAGGAUCAUGCCAAGCGAGGAGUGCGAAGUUGUGACAAAAGUUACGAACGAGGAGGGUGUUAUUAGUCAUAUAAAGGAUGAAUCAAAUUCGCCCGAAGAUUUAACAGACUUUUUCCCAAUGACUACGUCCAUGACGAGGGAAUUGCGGCUUGAACUUGAAUCUCUUGAUCGACAGGUUUUCGGACCACCGCCGCCAGUCACUGAGCAAGUUUAUGAAUGCACAACGCCCAAACAAGAAAACGAAGUAGUAGAGAGUGAAACUGAACGAGAAUUACCCAAAUGUAGCCCAGCCAUGGACGUCUUCGUCUGGGAGAAUCCUUUACAUGUAUUACAAAACAAAAACAAUGCAACGACCCCCGAUGAACAGGCUGAUUUGGAAUAUGACGGUGAAAUUUUUGAAGACCAAAACGGAGUCAAAUCUGUUACACCUAUACGUUUAUUAAAGCGCACAACACGGUCCGAAGAAGUUUCGGAUAGUGAUGGGACAGACAGCUGGCCUCAAGAGCCAAUUCUUCCCGACACAACGCUAGCAAAUUUACCCCAAGAGCAUGCUGAGGAAGCCACCGAACUAACGAAUCUUAUUCCUGCUGGCACCAGUAUUGAUGAUCAUCUCGGCACCGAUAACUUACCACCUCCAAGUGAAUUCGGUGGUGGCAAUCCUUUCUUAAUGUUCCUGUGUAUAACGCUGCUGCUACAGCACAGAGACUUUGUUAUACGCAAUAAGAUGGAUUAUAAUGAAAUGGCAAUGCAUUUUGAUAAAAUGGUGCGACGCCACAAUGUGACCAAGGUGUUGAACCAAGCCAGACAACUAUUCGCGGGUUACUUAAAGAGGCAUGCUAGUAAGUCAUCGGAGUUUGUCAAUGUAUGAAAAAUCUUUAUUUUUGGACUUGUGAACAGGUCAUAAGAUCAUUAAAACCUAAAAAUAGACGUAUUAAUAAACUUGUUUGGGUUUGAACAUUAUUAUGAUUAUGUAGCCAAUCGAAAACGAAGCACAUGUCUUAUAGUUUCUUAAAAAUAGAACCUCAUAGAUUUUUCAGAAUAAAAGAAUGCAACACAAGUAUUUCCAAAGUACAUUAUUAUUUCAGAUUAAAUUCCAAUUGUUUUUACGAUUUCAUUUGCAUUGCUGUAAACGAUCGAUUAUUCCAAUUACCGAAUAAUUUAAUUUGUGAUAAUUAUGCUAAAUUUAUUUUACAAAAUAUGUACAAAGUCAAAUAAAAAUGGAGAUAAAAU